AGGAAGAGGAGGCGGGAUCCGGGCGCUGCGUUGGUUGCGGCCUGGCACCAAGGGGGCGGCCCCGGCGGAGUGCGGACCCGGUGGCCGUUGGCGAUUAUGGACCCGGCCGAGGCGGUGCUGCAGGAAAAAGCGCUCAAGUUUAUGUGCUCUAUGCCCAGGUCUCUGUGGCUGGGCUGCUCCAGCCUGGCGGACAGCAUGCCUUCGCUGCGAUGCCUGUAUAACCCAGGGACUGGCGCACUCACAGCUUUCCAGAAUUCCUCAGAGAGAGAAGACUGUAAUAAUGGCGAACCCCCUAGGAAGAUAAUACCAGAGAAGAAUUCACUUAGACAGACCUACAACAGCUGUGCCAGACUCUGCUUAAAUCAAGAGACAGUAUGUCUAGCAAGCACUGCUAUGAAGACUGAAAAUUGUGUGGCCAAAACAAAACUUGCCAAUGGCACUUCCAGUAUGAUUGUGCCCAAGCAACGGAAACUCUCGGCAAGCUAUGAGAAGGAAAAGGAACUGUGUGUCAAAUAUUUUGAGCAGUGGUCAGAGUCCGAUCAAGUGGAAUUUGUGGAACAUCUUAUAUCCCAAAUGUGUCAUUACCAACAUGGGCACAUAAACUCGUAUCUUAAACCUAUGUUGCAGAGGGAUUUCAUAACUGCUCUGCCAGCUCGGGGUUUAGAUCACAUCGCUGAGAACAUUCUGUCAUACCUGGAUGCCAAAUCACUAUGUGCUGCUGAACUUGUGUGCAAGGAAUGGUACCGAGUGACAUCUGAUGGCAUGUUAUGGAAGAAGCUCAUCGAGAGAAUGGUCAGGACAGAUUCUCUGUGGAGAGGCCUGGCAGAACGAAGAGGGUGGGGACAGUAUUUAUUCAAAAACAAACCUCCUGAUGGGAAUGCUCCUCCCAACUCUUUUUAUAGAGCACUUUAUCCUAAAAUCAUACAAGAUAUUGAGACAAUAGAAUCUAAUUGGAGAUGUGGAAGACAUAGCUUACAGAGAAUCCACUGCCGAAGUGAAACAAGCAAAGGAGUUUAUUGUUUACAGUAUGAUGAUCAGAAGAUAGUAAGCGGCCUUCGAGACAACACAAUCAAGAUCUGGGAUAAAAGCACAUUGGAAUGCAAGCGAAUUCUCACAGGCCACACAGGUUCUGUCCUGUGUCUCCAGUAUGACGAGAGGGUGAUCAUAACUGGAUCAUCGGAUUCCACAGUCAGGGUGUGGGAUGUAAAUACAGGUGAAAUGCUAAACACAUUGAUUCACCAUUGUGAAGCAGUUCUGCACUUGCGUUUCAAUAAUGGCAUGAUGGUGACCUGUUCCAAAGACCGUUCCAUUGCGGUGUGGGAUAUGGCCUCCCCAACUGACAUCACCCUCAGGAGGGUGCUUGUUGGACACCGAGCUGCAGUCAAUGUCGUAGACUUUGAUGACAAGUACAUCGUUUCUGCAUCUGGGGAUAGGACUAUAAAGGUAUGGAACACAAGUACUUGUGAAUUUGUAAGGACCUUAAAUGGACACAAACGUGGAAUCGCCUGUUUGCAGUACAGAGACAGGCUAGUCGUGAGUGGCUCAUCUGACAACACUAUCAGAUUGUGGGACAUAGAAUGUGGUGCAUGCUUACGAGUGUUAGAAGGCCAUGAGGAAUUGGUGCGCUGUAUUCGAUUCGAUAACAAGAGGAUAGUCAGUGGAGCCUAUGAUGGAAAAAUUAAGGUGUGGGAUCUUGUAGCUGCUUUGGACCCCCGUGCUCCUGCAGGAACUCUCUGUCUACGGACCCUUGUGGAGCAUUCUGGAAGAGUUUUCCGACUCCAGUUUGAUGAAUUCCAGAUUGUCAGUAGUUCACAUGAUGACACAAUUCUCAUCUGGGACUUCCUAAAUGAUCCAGCUGCCCAAGCUGAACCCCCCCGCUCCCCUUCUCGAACAUACACCUAUAUCUCCAGAUAAAUAAUCAUACACUGACCUCAGACUUGCCCAGGACUCAUUAAAGUUGCGGUAUUUAACGUACCUGCCAAUACCAGGAUGAGCAACAACAGUAACAAUCAAACUACCACCCACUUUCCCCGGACUAGCCGAGGAGCGGGGCUUUAAGACUCCUGUUGGGACACAGCUGGUCUGCAGUCGACCCAGGAUGGUUUACUCAGCACAGCUGACUGCUUCCGUGCUGCUAUCAGAAGAUGUCUUCUAUCUUUUGUGAAUGAUUGGAACUUUUAAACCCCACCUCCCCUCCUUCUUUCCUCCUGCACAUGUUUUUUCCUCAUUUGGUUCCAGACAGAGAUGACAUAAAUAUAUUUAGUGUUUUGCCAGAAUCUCUCUUGCUUUGCCGUUAAGCAGAAGAACUAGUUUCCUAUGUAGCCUACUGGGAGAGAGCCACUUCUAGGGGACGGGGGAUACAACUUCAAGCCAGAUAGCACCCAGUGUCUCCCUGUAAACUGCAAGAAUACCCAGCACCUGGCAAGAUCUGCCCAGCCUCACUGUGCUUAGGAGGAAACAGCUGUCUGUGUAGCCUCUGGGGCAAGAAAGAAAGAAAACAAGAAUGUACACCCUGGAAGAUCUGGGCCUCUUUCCUUCCAUCUCUUUCUCUGUUUCUGUCCCUCUUGCCCCUUCUCCCACUCCCCUUCAACAUGUUUAUCUGCUCCACCUGAGAAGAAAGAGUAUGAAGAAAGUAUCCUCAGUUGUCAUAAGGCAAAUGAGAAAAUGCAAUACUUAGAAGAGUUAAGUACUCUUCAGUCAAAAUUUCAAACCCAGGCUUUUGCUGCAAGUGACCCUAUGUGGCAACGAUGGAUUCUCAGACAUGGUACUCUCGUCGUAUUUGCACCUCUUCUCUCUUCUCCUUGUAACACCCACCCACCCACCCCCCCCAAAGAAAGGGGGGAGGGGCAGAAAUUUCCUGGGCUCCUUCAAUGGCCACAUCUUUUCUGGACUCAGCAGUCUCCUCGAUUCCAUGUAGAGUGUGGAAAGGAGUUGCUGAUUGCAUUUCCUCUCAUUAACAAUUAGAUGUGUAAUAAAAAGCGUUGUACUUCAUCUUAAAUCACUGCUAAGGCUCAGCCUACAGAAAGGGUUGAAAUGGCCAGAGCCAGUCGCUCAUUGCAUUCUGCAUAAUGGUUCGCGUCUCUGAUUUCCUCAUCAGGGCCUGCAAGUACCCAGGCGCGCCUGUAUCUUUGCCGAGACCAUGAUCAGACUAGCUUACCAGGUAGUCAAGACUAAAAGGUGAUGUCUUUUUCAUUUAAGCCAGUAAAUAUUGUCUCUCAAAAAUCAAGCUAAUCAUCUCAACCUUGCUCUGCAGAACCUUCCUUCUGCUUUUCCAAACCUGGUAUUUAUAAAAGGCAAAACUGCCAGAGAGAGAAUCAGGGUGAAGUUUGGCACACAGGGUUUAUUAAUGGCACAGGAACUGCCUUCUCUUUCCUUUUCUUCCUUCUCCUGGCCUUAUUUUACUCUCCACUCUCCCCAGUAAAAUUCCUCUGGCAGUUGGUGAGCAACAUAAAUAAAUGGACUUCAGCAAGGGCCAAGGCUUACUGGCCACUUCAAAAGCAGCUAUAGGGGCUUCAGGUGCAGGGCAUGUGUGCCCCCCAACCUGGGGGCACAGGGAGUACUAUCAGUAUGUGCCCGGCUUGUUUCCCUGGGCAGGAAUGGGCCUUCACCAGCCAUAUUGUGUGGCACAGACACACCCAUCAGUGGGCACAGGGAAGUCUCCAAGCCUUCCCUUGGAAGCUGAGCAGACAGGCCCAUUGUUUCCGUUAUAUCAAAGCAGUUGAGUAAAAGAAAGGCCCCUUUUAACCAGCUGCUGUAAAAACUUCAGAAUGGGAUCCUGUUGCAGGCGACCUCAAAGCCAGGCCACCUUUA